UUGACCAGUCUUAUAGAAAUCGUUCAAGGCGAAGGUUGUGAAGAAGUUUUAAUAAAGUUUUUAUUUUUUCUUAUUUUUGUUUGUGUAAACUAAAAGCAGACACAUUUUUAAUAAAAUUAUUUUACAGUAGAUUAAUUUUACAAGACAAAUAUGCAAGGAAAAACUGUAAUCAUUACUGGUGCCAACAGUGGUAUUGGCAAGGAAACUGCCCGUGAUUUGGCCAAACGUGGUGCUCGCAUUAUUAUGGCUUGCCGCAAUUUGGAAACCGCCAAUGCUGUUAAAGAGGAAAUUGUCAAGGAGACUGGCAACGAUAAAUUGAUUGUGAAGAAAUUGGAUUUGGGCAGCUUCAAGUCGAUACGUGAGUUUGCCGCCGAUAUUGUUAAGAAUGAAAAGAAAAUCGAUGUACUCAUACACAAUGCCGGUAUGGCUUUGGCCUUCCGUGGCCAGACCAGUGAGGAUGGCAUUGAAUUGACCAUGGCCACCAAUCAUUAUGGUCCAUUUUUGUUGACCCACUUGUUGAUCGAUGUUCUGAAGAAGAGUACUCCCGCACGUAUUGUGAUUGUAGCCUCCGAAUUGUAUCGUUUAGCUUCGGUGAAUCUUAACAAAUUGAAUCCUAUUGGCACCUUCCCAGCUGCUUAUUUGUACUAUGUCUCCAAGUAUGCCAACAUUUACUUUGCCCGCGAAUUGGCUAAACGUUUGGAAGGUUCCGGUGUCAGUGUUAACUUCUUGCAUCCCGGUAUGAUUGAUUCUGGCAUUUGGCGUAACGUACCCUUCCCCUUGAACUUGCCCAUGAUGGCCAUUACCAAGGGUUUCUUUAAGACCACCAAGGCUGGUGCCCAAACCACCAUCUAUUUGGCUACAUCCGAUGAGGUGGCCAAUGUUCAUGGCAAAUAUUUUAUGGACUGCAAAGAGGCUACUUUAAAUCCUGCCGCUAUGGACGAGGAAAAGGGCAUGAAGAUCUGGGAAGAAUCAGUGAAAUUGGUCAAAUUGACUCCUCAGGAUCCAAAAAUCUAAACGUAACGUUUUGAGACUGAGUGUUUUUUUAUCAGCUAUAAGUAGGUUUGUUUUAUUUUAAUGUGUAAUUUGUGGUAUCUACAGUCUUUAAAAAUAUGUAUUUUAAGUUCUACUUUUUAAUGACUUUUUUUAAAAAAUAAAUAAAGAAAAUUUAAAAAAAAACAAA